GUCGUCGUCGGCCAUGACCACCCUGAGGGCCUUCACCUGCGACGACCUGUUCCGCUUCAACAACAUAAAUCUGGAUCCACUCACGGAAACCUAUGGGAUCCCCUUUUAUCUGCAGUACCUGGCUCACUGGCCCGAGUAUUUUAUAGUUGCGGAGGCGCCCGGAGGAGAACUCAUGGGAUACAUCAUGGGGAAGGCGGAGGGCUCGGUGGCCCGGGAAGAGUGGCACGGGCACGUCACGGCUCUGUCGGUCGCCCCCGAGUUCCGCCGCCUCGGCUUGGCCGCCAAGCUGAUGGAGCUGCUGGAGGAGAUUUCCGAACGAAAGGGCGGGUUUUUUGUGGAUCUGUUCGUAAGGGUGUCAAAUCAGGUCGCAGUCAACAUGUACAAGCAACUGGGCUACAGCGUGUUCAGGACAGUCAUAGAGUACUACUCAGCCAGCAACGGAGAGCCGGACGAGGACGCUUACGAUAUGAGGAAAGCACUGUCCAGGGAUACGGAGAAGAAAUCGAUUAUACCCUUACCCCAUCCCGUGAGACCCGAGGACAUCGAAUAACGAGAGCCUGUGGUUCUUGGGUCAGUUGCUGCGCGUCAUGAGCGAUGGACAAAGGUGGGGAUUUUGAGGUUGGAAAUUUUAGAAAAUCACGUCGUGGAAAAUAAGCACUGGGAGAAAAUACCGACUGCAGCUCUCGAGGCCUUGAGUUGCUUUACGGAUUCGGCGUCUCCCCCGCUACAAUCCCCGUCUAGCGAUAGUUCGUGUGAGAUAGCGGUUGCCAGGAUUUAGCCAGGCCGUUUUCACGACUCGCAGCACUAACCCGUCGGGGCUGGAGAAAGAUCGCGUCCCGCUCCCCUCAAUCCUUGACCCGAGAAUCACGGCCGCGGACGUGUUGACCAGUCGAAUGAAGCCUACGAAGCUGAACCGACAGAAUAAUGCAUAAAGCUACGAUGUAUAUUAAAUACAAAUUCCAUGGGGGCAUGA